UUAUUGUUGUUGUGAACUUCUUACUGUGUCUAAUUUAUAAAUUAAACUUUACUAUAGGUACGUAUGUAUACGAAAAAGCGUAGUACAGACAGUCCUCUACUUAUGAAGGUUUGACUUCUAAUUUUCCAACUUUACGACAGGUUUCUAGGGACCUAACUCCAUCAUAAGUUAACUCCUUACACGUUAUGAUAGGAUUACGGUUUCUACUGAAUACUCAUUGCUUUUGCACCGCAUAAAGUCAAAAGUAUCUGCUGAAGCUCUUGGAACAUAUCCGCUGCAGAUAUGGAGGACUACUGCGUGUGUGUAAUGCUGUCCUCUCCCUGCACGCCUGCAAGCUCACGGACUUGCUCCCGUAUCCUGGGGCUGAGCCUUGGGACUGCAGCCCUGUUUGCUGCUGGGGCCAACAUGGCACUCCUCUUUCCUAACUGGGAUGUGACCUACCUGUUGAGGGGCCUCAUUGGCAAGCACGCCAUGCUGGGAACUGGGCUCUGGGGAGGAGGCCUCAUGGUACUCACUGCCGCUAUCCUCAUCUCCUUGAUGGGCUGGAGAUACGGCUGCUUCAGUAAGAGUGGGCUCUGUCGAAGCGUGCUUACUGCUCUGUUGUCAAGUGGCCUGGCUUUACUUGGAGCCCUGAUUUGCUUUGUCACUUCUGGAGCUGCUCUGAAAGAUGGUCCUUUUUGCAUGUUUGACACUUCAUCCUUCAAUCAGACACAAGCUUGGAAAUAUGGUUACCCAUUCAAAGACCUGCAUAGUAGGAAUUAUCUGUAUGACCGUUUGCUCUGGAACUCCGUCUGCCUGGAGCCCUCUACCGCUGUUGUCUGGCAUGUGUCCCUCUUCUCCGCCCUUCUGUGCAUCAGCCUGCUCCAGCUUCUCCUGGUGGUCGCUCACGUCAUCAACAGCCUCCUGGGCCUUUUCUGCAGCCUCUGUGAGAAGUGACAGGCAGAACCUUCUGGGCCUUUUCUGCAGCCUCUGUGAGAAGUGACAGGCAGAACCUUCUCGUUCAAGCCGGGAUGUUUUCAUCAUUGGUUGCCUGAAUCCUUUCUACAAGGAGUGGGUACAAAUUACAAACAAACUUUCCCUUUGGGUAUCUCUGGAGAAAUAAUGACAAAA